AUGGGCACCGUCCCCGAUGGCGACCAGGCCGGGCUGCCCAACGGCGGGUUCACCACGCCGCCCAGUUCCCCCCCGCGCGUGGAGCAGUCCCUGUUGGACAUGAUCGCGCACCAGCCGCGCGCCCCCAACCUACACGGCCUCCAGAGACUGCAGAAGAAGGCCCCCGACGCGGGAACGGCAUCCAAGGAGCUGGAAGGCAUGGAGCGAUCCCUGUCGGCCACGCUCACCAGCGUGGCACGGCGCCGCGGCCCCACGGUCACGCGGGGUAGCCUGCCGGCGUCGCCAAGGGAUGAAGAAAGCGGUUUUCUGGCCAACCACUGGCCGGCCAGCGACGCGGGGCUGAAGCCCACCACCGUGUUCCACAACCUGUCGCCGGCGGAGCUGUACGAGAAGGCGCUGCAGUUCGACCGGAGCGCGCACGUCGUGUCCAGCGGCGCACUGGCGGUGAUCUCAGGUGCGAAGACUGGCAGGAGCCCCAAGGACAAGCGCGUGGUGCGUGAUGGGGAGACGGACGCCAACGUAUGGUGGGGAGAGGGAUCCCCGAACCUGGAGAUGGACGAGCGGUCGUUCCUCAUCAACCGAGAGCGGGCAGUGGAUUACCUCAACAUACUCGACCAUGUGUACGUCUUCGAUGGGUUCGUGAACUGGGACCCGGCACAUCGCAUGAAGGUCAGGGUGGUGUGCGCCCUGGCGUACCACGCGCUCUUCAUGCACAACAUGCUCAUCCGUCCCACCCGGGAGGAGCUGGAGAACUUUGGUGUGCCGGACUUCACCAUAUACAAUGCAGGACCCUUCCCCGCCAACCGGUAUUCCAACUACAUGUCGUCCUCCACGACGGUGGACAUCCAUAUCUCCCGCCGCGAGAUGGUCAUCCUCGGCACCCAGUACGCGGGUGAAAUGAAGAAGGGCAUCUUCAGCGUCAUGCACUACCUUAUGCCCCUGCAGAACAUCCUUUCCCUUCACUCCGGCUGCAACAUCGGCCCCAAGGGGGAUGUCUCCCUCUUCUUCGGCCUGUCCGGCACAGGCAAGACGACCCUGUCCACGGACCCGCGGCGGCCGCUCAUCGGCGAUGACGAGCACUGCUGGGGCCCAAACGGCGUAUUCAACAUCGAGGGGGGUUGCUACGCCAAGUGCAUUGGGCUCAAGCCGCAGAGCGAGCCGGAGAUCCACCGGGCGAUAAGGUUCGGCACCGUGCUCGAGAACGUGGUGUUCGAGGACGACACCCGCGAGGUGGACUUCGACGCCAACAACAUCACGGAGAACACGCGCGCGUCGUACCCCAUCCACUACAUCGACAACGUGCGGCUGCCCUGCACGGGGCCCCACCCCAAGAACGUCAUCCUCCUGUGCUGCGACGCCUUCGGGGUGCUGCCGCCCGUCAGCAGGCUCAGCGAGCCGCAGGCGAUGUACCACUUCAUUUCGGGGUACACGGCCAAGGUGGCCGGCACUGAGGUGGGGGUCACUGAGCCGGAGGCGACGUUCAGCGCGUGCUUUGGAGGUGCCUUCCUUCUGUGGCACCCCAUGAAAUAUGCUGCCAUGCUGGCGGAGAAGAUGGAGAAGCACGGCGCCACGGCGUGGCUGGUGAACACCGGAUGGGCCGGCGGUUCCUACGGCACUGGCAACCGGAUCAAGCUGAGCUUCACGCGCGCCAUCAUAGACGCUAUCCACUCGGGUGAGCUGCUGGCGGCCGAGUACACAAACACACCAGUCUUCAACCUCAAGGUCCCAAAGAAGUGCCCUGGCGUGCCGUCGUCUCUUUUGAUGCCGGAGGCGCAGUGGGCCGACAAAGCAGAGUUCCGCAAGACGCUGGACAACCUGGCAGACCGCUUCAGGAGGAACUUCGUACAGUACGAGGGUGGCGGGGCAUACAUCUCGAAAGAUAUCGCCGACAAGAUAAAGGGAGCUGCCCCUGUGUGA